CGUGAAUCAUUCUAGAAUCCUCCACCAAGGAGCACGUGGUUGUGUAGAUCUUCAACUGAUAGGGCCAGGGAUAGCAGUAUAGUAUAGUACUCAACAACUUACCUCUGACAACAGCAAGCAGUACAGUUACAGAGCUAGACAGGUCAUACUGUUGAAAUAUCAAUUGCUGCUCGAGUUGCAUAGACACAUAAGAUACGAUCGAUCAUGUUGAGGUGUCUUGUGGUGGUGCUUUGUGUGGUGGCAGCUGUGGUGUGUGAAGAGCCUGAUGUGAAGCCGUUCCAACCUCCCAGUCGUCCCGAGGGAGACGUCUACAUCGCAGAGUCGUUCAGCGAUGGAGAGGAAGUGUGGUCGAGAUGGGUGAAAUCAGAGGCUACAAAAGACGGAGCAGAUGCUGAUAUCGCCAAAUAUGAUGGUGUGUGGAGGCUACAGUCACCUAAGACAGAGGGAGCUAUGGAGGAGGACGUUGGACUAGUACUAACUGACAAAGCCAAGCACUAUGCCAUCUCUGCCAAGCUGGACAAGCCGUUUAUUUUCGAAGGAACAGAAUCAUUUGUAGUCCAGUAUGAGGUUAAUUUCCAAACUGGGUUGUCUUGUGGUGGUGCGUAUGUGAAGCUGCUCGCUGCUGACUCAGGACUGGACUUGACCCAGUUUGGAGACAAGACUCCCUACUCUAUCAUGUUUGGCCCGGACAAGUGCGGCAUGAGCUCUAAGGUCCACUUUAUCGUGCGCUUCAAGAACCCAGUCACUGGUGAGGUGGAAGAGAAACACUCGAAACAAGCAGGCGGAAAGAUGGACUUCUUUGAGGACAAGAAAACUCAUCUGUUUGCUCUCAUUAUCCACUCUGAUGGUACGUACCACAUCACCGUGGACCAGAUGCCUUUCCUCACGGGCAGCCUGUUGGAGGACCUCACCCCCGCCAUUAACCCACUCAAGGAGGUUGAUGAUCCCGAGGACAAGAUGCCCGACAACUGGGACGAGAGAGAACAGAUACCAGACCCUGAGGCGAGCAAACCAGAGGACUGGGACGAGGAUGCUCCACAGAAGAUACCAGAUCCUGAUGCUGAAAAGCCCGAGGGCUGGUUGGACGAGGGACCAGAGCUCAUCCCAGACCCCGAGGCCACAGCCCCUGAGGACUGGGACGAGGAGGAGGACGGCGAGUGGGAGGCACCUCUUGUAUCCAAUCCGGCAUGUGAUGAGGUGGGCUGUGGGGAGUGGUCUGCUCCCAUGAUCCAGAACCCCAGCUACAAGGGCAAGUGGAAGGCACCUCUCAUUGACAACCCUGAGUAUGAUGGCAAGUGGGCUCCCAGGAAGAUUGACAACCCUGCUUACUUUGAAGAUGACACUCCAUUCUUUAGCCUCAUCCCAAUUGCAGCCGUGGGCUUUGAGCUGUGGUCCAUGAGUGAGAACAUCUACUUUGACAACAUCAUUGUCACCAGUGACCUCACCAUCGCCAACAACUUUGCAAUAGAAGGGUGGACAUUGAAGAUGGAGAAAGAGAGACACAAUGGUGGAGCAUUUUCGAUUGGCUCUUGGUUAGACUCAUUUGUUGAGCUUGCCAACAACUAUCCCUAUUUGUGGGCACUCUAUGCUGUGGCUCUCGUUAUACCGUUUGUCCUCUGUGCUGCUUGCUGUGUCAGAUCAAAGCCGAAGCCAGCUGAUGAGGCAGCAAGGAAAAAGAAGACGGAUGAGCCUAGUCCCGAUGACCCACAGGAGGAAACUCCAGCAGAGAGCCAGGAGGAUAAGUCGUUUGCAGCCCAGGCUGAUGAUGAUGAAGAGGAAGAGGAGGGUAAAGGCAGUAAGACAGAGGAGGGCAGUCAAGGGGAGGACAGUCAAGGGGAAGCCAGUCAGGAGGAGGCCAGUCAGGAGGAGGCCAGUCAGGAGGAGGCCAGUCAAGGAGAGGCCAGCGGAGAGGCAAGUCAGGGAGAGGCCAGCCAGGGAGAGCAAGAUGAGGGCAACCAAGGAGAGGAGGCAGCAGCUACCCCUACCAAGCAAGAAGAUACCAAAAAACCGCGUAAGAGAAAAACAAGACGGGAGGAUUAGUGCUGGAGGUUACUAGGAGACAUAUAACUGCUUCUAUUAUAGAGACACAUGCUUAAAAUGUCAUGUACGGCUUAUACUGUAACGUGAUUGUAAUAAUUAUAAUUAUAGUAUAGACAUUUUGGAUAAUUAUAUUAAUUUGUGUUCGUUUAAUACAAUGUUGCAUAAUAAAAAUUAUGAGAGCUG